GGUCGACGGUGUAGAUGUGCAACAUUGUAUUUCUACUGCCGAAUCCAGUACCGUGCGUCAGACCAGGCGCCCGGAUGAGAGCAGGAGCCAGCCGGGACAUGCCGGUAGUCGGUCACUGGCAGCAUCAGUGACAGGCAUGGCAGAAGAAAUUAAAAUAUUGCUUCAUCUGCAAGCCUGACUUCGAUUGAAAUGCCAAUUCCCAACGUCGACUCCCUCUCUGGAGGUUCUCUCCUUCUCGCCUGGCAGCUCAAAGACAAGCAUGUAUUAAUCAUCGGUGGUGGCGACGUUGCAUCUGGUCGAAUUGAAUCUGUCCUCGUCGCAGACGCACGCAUCACCCUCAUUUCCCCGAGCCAAGGUCUCCAUCCACUAACCAAACAAUUUAUUGAUGCUACAGACCGAAUCACCUACUAUGAUCGUUCUUUCUCUGGUCCCGAUGAUCUCGAAGGUGUGGACAUGGUUCUCACCGCAAUAGACGAUGUCGACGAGUCGAGGCGUAUUUGUGCACUGUGCCGAGAGCGCAAGAUUCCCGUUAAUGUUGCGGACAUUCCUCCAUCAUGCGAUUUCUACUUUGGGUCACAAAUUCGUAGUGGUCCUCUCCAGAUUAUGAUAUCAACAAACGGGCAGAGCCCCAAGUUGGCAAACAUUAUCAGGAAGAGGAUUGAAAAGUGCUUGCCGGAGCAGGCAGGGGAGGCAAUUGAGAAGGUUGGGGAGUUGAGGAGCAAGCUGCGAGAGAGGGCUCCUGGUGUAGGCGGUCAGCUUGGAAAGAGACGGAUGCGGUGGAUGGUGGAUGUAUGCACAUCCUGGGAUCUCGAAGACUUGGCGCUACUGGAUGACGAGAUGAUGAACAAGUUGCUCGACGACGGAUGGGAGAAGAACGCGGUUCCGAAGCCAGAGGAUGUUGGUCUGCAGCACGGCUUACUCGAUUUUCAUUCGUGGACCUCGUUGGAAACAGUCUUGCCCACAUCUCUCGGUUUCCUGACUGGUGUCGCGCUUACAGUAGGAUUUCUCUUGACUCGAAGGAGAUCGUAGUUGUCGGAGCCGGAGGAAGCGAAAGGUUGGAGAUUGUAACAUUGGACGGUAGAACGAAUUGGAAGAAGUCAAAACAUAAUGAUCGGCCUGGAACAAUGCCCCCACUAGACGUAUAUAGCCAUUCUCUUGCAUCGGAACCACACAAAUUGACGCAUUUAUGACCAUAAUGACCAGUAAAAGAGCCAAAUCAUGCACACCGCAAUUGAAACUUGGCAGAUCUCCAUAAAGAAUGGAUAUUAG